AUGGAAUCAGGGAACCUCACAUGGGUAUCAGAAUUUGUCUUCCUGGGGCUCUCACAGACUCAGGAGCUCCAGCUCUUCUUGUUUCUGAUAUUCCUGUUUGUCUACACCACCACUCUCACGGGAAACCUCCUCGUCAUGGUCACAGUGACCUCUGAUUCCCGGCUCCAGACACCCAUGUAUUUUCUGUUCCAAAACCUGGCUAUCUUAGACCUCUGUUUCUCCUCAGUCACUUCCCUAAAGAUGCUUGUGGACUUCCUCGCUGAGAAGAUCAUCUCCUACCAGGGCUGCAUGGCCCAGGUCUUCUUCUUCCACUUUCUGGGAGGUUCCAUGGUCUUCUUCCUCUCAAUGACAGCCUAUGACCACCUUGCUGCCAUCUCCCGGCCCCUCCACUAUGUCACCAUCAUGAACACUCAGCUCUGUGUGGGGCUGGUGGUGACAGCCUGGAUGGUAGGUUUUGUUCAUUCCAUUUCCCAACUGGCUCUGAUGCUUCCACUGCCUUUCUGUGGCCCCAACAUCUUAGGUAACUUUUACUGUGAUGUUCCACAAGUACUGAGACUUGCCUGCACAGACACUUCUGUCUUAGAGUUCCUCAUGAUCUGCAACAGUGGGAUGCUCGAUGUCAUCUUGUUCCUCCUCCUCCUGAUCUCCAACUCAGUCUUCCUGGUGAUGCUGAGGUCCCACUCAGGGAAGAUAAGGAGGAAGGCAGCUUCCACCUGCACCACCCACAUCAUCGUCGUGCCUAUGGUCUUCAUUCCAAGCAUUUACCUUUAUGCCUGGCCCUUCACCUCCUUCUCCAUGGACAAGGCUGUGUCCAUCAGCCACAGGAUCAUGACCCCCAUGCUCAACCCCAUGAUCUACACCCUGAGGAACCAGGAGAUGCAGGCAGCAGUGAAGAGAUUAGGGAGGCGCUGGGUGGUUUGUAAAAGGGAGUGA